AUGGAUCAUGAUCAGUUUUCACAGAUUUUAUUGCAAGAUUCUUUGGGACCUAUAAAAAACCUAUGUAAAUUUUGCUUGUAUCAGGGACCACUUGAGUCGACAUCUAAUGAUUUUUGGCAAAUGGUUUGGGAACAAGAAAGCACUUUAAUUGUUAUGCUGAACAAAUGUUUCGAGAAAGGAUAUACGUUAAUGAUUUCAAUUUUUCAAUUUUCGUCCAUUUUUAAUGUUUCAAGAAUUAUGAAAAUUAUAGGUGUGCCAGAAUCAUCAGAAAUUUUCCUGGAUUUUCUAGAUAAAGUUCAUUCUGCAAUAAAUUUUGGUUUUUUUGCUUAUAUCAAAAAAAAAAUCGAAUUUUUCAUUUCUAGGCCAAAUAUAAGACGGUCGCAUGUAAAUCGCGUAUUCAAUAAACCAAAUAUUGGUUUCAUUUGCGCUACAGUUGCAACAAUAAUUAUCUCAUACUAUGCUUAUCGUUUUUUUACGUAA